CCCGGGCCCUGUUCUGACGGAGGGAGGUGGGUGAAGAGUUAUCAGGUGUGCGCUCCGGGGGAGGAUGAGGGCGGCGGCGGCUCGGCCAGGCGAAAAUUUUAGUGCAACUAUAGAAGUUGAAAAUAAUAAGAAAGAAACAAAGGACUGCAGAUACUGGAACCUAGAUGGAAGACACGAUGAUGCUGGAGGAACUCAGCAGGCCAGGCAGCAGCCGUGGAGAAAAGCAGUUUCUUGGAAUCAUGAAACUUAAAAGCUGGUUGAAGCUUUACCUUUCUCACUGUGGACUCUGCAGUUAGUGCUGUGGAAAACUCGCCACACUGCAGUGAUAAAUGAAAAUCCAGUGAAUUUAUUGAAAAGAAGAACUAUAUGUGCAAGGUGUCACCUGUACCAAGUUGUGUCCCGUCCCAGUUGCAGCUCUUCUGUUUGGUAUUUAAUGUGUUAAACUCCCUGCUUGUCAACGCCAAGAAGAAUGGGGCUGGAGAAAGGAAAAUAUGACUUUUAUCUUGGCUUGAUAUUAGCCAUUAGCUCCAGCAUAUUUAUUGGAGGGAGUUUCAUCCUAAAAAAGAAAGGCCUCCUCAGACUGGCCAAAAAAGGGUCAAUGAGAGCAGGUCAGGGAGGACAUGCAUAUCUUAAAGAAUGGCUGUGGUGGGCUGGACUGUUGUCAAUGGGGGCUGGAGAAGCUGCUAACUUUGCUGCAUAUGCCUUUGCUCCGGCUACGUUAGUAACCCCAUUGGGAGCCCUUAGUGUCCUAGUAAGUGCUGUUCUAUCAUCUUACUUCCUGAAUGAGAGGCUUAAUCUCCAUGGAAAACUUGGUUGUCUUCUAAGUGUUGUUGGUUCAACUGUCAUGGUAAUACAUGCACCACAAGAGGAAGAGGUGGAAACAAUACAUGCAAUGGCCAUUAAACUUAAAGAUCCAGGUUUUGUGGUGUUCGCAACUUUUGUCAUCAUUAUUUCCCUGAUCCUUAUUUUUGUUGUUGGUCCCCGUCAUGGGCAGACAAACAUUCUGGUUUACAUAACCAUCUGUUCUGUAAUUGGUGCCCUAUCUGUUUCCUGUGUGAAAGGCCUUGGUAUUGCCAUAAAGGAACUCUUUGCUGGGAAGCCCAUCCUUACCUACCCUCUGUCAUGGAUCCUUCUACUGAGCCUUAUAGCUUGUGUAAGCACCCAGAUUAACUACUUGAACAAAGCACUUGAUAUUUUCAACACAUCCUUAGUGACUCCCAUUUAUUAUGUGUUCUUCACUACAUCUGUUUUGACAUGUUCAGCUAUCCUGUUCAAAGAAUGGUAUCAUAUGGACAAUGAUGACAUCAUUGGCACAUUGAGUGGUUUCCUUACCAUCAUAGUAGGCAUCUUUUUGUUGCAUGCCUUUAAGGAUAUCAAUUUAACACUGGCAACUUUGCCUGUGUUCAUGAGAAAGGAGGAGAAAGGAUUUACUGCCAAUGGUAGUGUACAUUAUGAGCGGUUGGACCACAAUGUGGAAAAUGAAAGCUGUACUGACAGUUCAGAAAUGGUUUCCUCCAGAAGAAAUGGCAACAUGAUCAACAUGUGAGAGUCGGAUAAUAAAGUGUUAAGGGAUAAAGGAAACACAAUGCCCGGCCUAUAGUAACUGUGCUGUCAUAGUCACCAGAAUUGAGCUGCUUGUUUUAAAAAAAAAGUUGUGUUGGUGACUUAAUUUGUUGUAAAAGAGAGUCUCUUGGGACAAUCAUUUUUUCCUCCAGUGUGAUUGGAAUGGACUAUGGGUUAUUGUAUUUACCUUUUUAUUUACCUUAAUUUUCAUGGCUUAUUUUUUUUAAAAUAAACAUUUCAAAUGAUGCAUUUAGGUUUACAAAGAUUAAGUUACUAUUGGAAAAAUGUCACCAAGUAACAGUGUAAAUAUUGACUCUAAUUUAAUUUUUUUGAAACAAUACUGUAUUUUGAAAACAAUACUGUAUGCACUGAGAACCCUAAUUUUAAAUGUUUGAAAUAAAAUUCUUUUGGAUUCUCUUCAUAUCUGCAACACAUUAGUGAGGUAGAAAGACCAAAACUAUUGUUUGUAUUUUGUUGUGAUCUUAAGCCACUUCUGAUCUAUUACUGGGUUAUGUUAUGUUCAGUUCAAGCCUUACUGAAAUUAAAGUCCAAUCAGUCCAGAAAAUAGGUGUACUUCAGGAAUUACCCAGAGAAAGUGUGGCCAGAAAUGGAGAAUCAUUUUAUUUCCAACAUUCUGGAAUCUCUUCAUGUACACAUUUCAACAUGGUGCCUUUCUGAGUGUUCCCCUUGUAUAUUUUUAGAUUCUACUCCCUUUAGCUUAGGGACAGUCAGGAACUGCCGAGUUUAAUUUACAGGAUUAAGUCCAUUAAUUGGAAAAAAAGGAAUAGUUCCUUUCAAUUGUAUCAGUCAUAAAAAUUGCUAGUUCCUGAACAGCAAAAUGAAGGUUAGCUUCAUUGCUGACAUAAAUGUAUCAAAAAAUGCAGGAAAAAAAAAUCUAGAAUUAUUUUUGAUAAAGCAGGGGGACUUGAGAGCUAAUUUUAGCUUGGGGCCAAAUUUUUCAGAGCAUUCACUUAAAAAACAAAAUGAAGUUUUGUUCUAAUAAAAAAAAUGCUUUAAAUAUUACCAUAAAGUGGUUCUUUUGUGUUAUCCAGCAAAACCACAUCUUUUCUAGUGAUAAACAAGGUGUAAGUGAACACAUUAACAGUCCAAACGGUGUUGCAUAGUCUACCUUUUGCAGCAGUCUGGUAGUGUAUUCUGAUUUUGUGAUGUUGAUUCCCGAGGUGGGUACGGAAGCAGAUUCCAGCCUUUUAGGUGUUCUGUUCUUUGCCAAAAACCUACUUUGUAGGCAGAAAGGAAAAAGAUGUGGGGUAGCUGUGCUCAUUAAAAAAAAAUUGUAGACAAAAUACUGUAUAAUCAAUCUGCAAGGAGAUAAAGAAAUAGCCAGGGUAAAAAGUCACUGCUGAGAGUAGGCAACAGAUUUCCAGAAGGCAUUUGAUAAGGUGCAAUGGAAAGUUAUUAUAGAAAAUACAAACUUAUUAUAGUAGGUGAUACUGGCUAUCAGAAAACAGGCACAAGUGACACACUUCAAGGGUAAUGAGAAAUGUGCCACAGGAUUGGUUCAAGUUUUUAAACAUUUAUAAAGGCACAAGGUAUUGGUUGCUGAAUAAUGCAAAGGUGGGUAGGAAAGUAAGUUGUGAAGUGAACAUGGCUAUAAAAAGGAAAAGCAAGUGAAAAAAAGUUCAGGUACCUGGAGUAUAAUGUGAAAUUUUCUCUUUUAGCAGUAAAAGUAGUAUAUUGCCUAAAUGACAAGAGAUUGCUGAGAUGCACAGCGAUGUGUGUCCAAGAUAUAAAACUGGAGGUACAGUAAGUAAUUAGGAUAGCUAACAAUACUAAUGUUGAUUGCUAGGGAAGUGAAUGCCAAUGCAAGUUUGUUAACUGAUGGGAACUCACCAAUGCUCUGUGUAUGGUAUUGAUCUUUCCUAAGAGAGGCCAUUGAGACUCUGACACCUGAGAGCAACUCAUUCCUCUAUUUACUCCCAUCAUCUAUUCUCAUGCUUGCCCAUUUACACUCCUCUGAUUUCACCACACACCCCCCCCCCCCCCCCCCCCAAACCAACCAUUCAAGUUGGUAGGUGUUCACAGUGGCCAAUUAACCUACAUCAGCACAUUGAGGAAUGAAACUGGAGCACCAAAGGGAAAAAUGCAUCUCUGGGAGAGCACUAACAGCCCUGGCCAUCAGAUUCAAAGCUGAGACAGCUGCAUCACCAGUGCAUCAUCCCUGGAAGAUCCUUCAUAUAUAACUGCCUCUUGUAUAGUAUGCUGUUGUAGGUAAGGAAGAAUGUUAAUGUGGUGGAAGCAGUUGAGAGGUUUACCAGACUAGUACCUGGGCUGGAAUACUAUAGAAAGAGUUUUGAGUUGAACAAUCCAGUUCCUAUGUUACUUCAGGCACAUCCAUCCCACAAACUAUGGCCAUCCAAUACUCCAAACCCAUGCAACUGAAUUCAAAUGUGUACUGAGAGAUUUAGGAUAACAUUUCUAAGCAUAACAUUAAAAAUAAAUCUUAAAAUUUGUAACAAGCAAGCUUAUAUAGUUAUACAUCAGAGAUUUAAAUUAGGUCCACAUGUAUUAAUAUUUAAAAUACAGUAAAACCCCAAUAAUUUGCUCUCCAAAUGUUCAGAAAUCCCAAUGGUUUGACAUACGGCUCAGUGGCACCCAAGGAACAGAGGAUGCAGUUUCCGCACUCCCUUUAAACACUCUUUGAAACUUAUCGGAGCCUUGUUUCCCACAAAUUUUAGGUUCACCGAGUAACAUUAAAAAUAAUGAAAUAAAAGUAUAUUAAUAGGAAUAACAUCCAAUAGUCUGGAUAAUUUGCUAAUCAAAGUCCCGAGCAUGCAGAUUAACGGGUGUAUUAACAACACUUAAGUAAUAAUAUUUCCCCUUCAAUUAGUAUGUAGACUUUUCAUCAAAUUGGAUUUAACAAAGUCUGCCAACUUGAUCUAAAAUAAGAGUCAUAGAGCAAAACAGCGUGGAUACAGGUCCAAUGCGUCCAUGCUAACCAUGGUGUCCACCCAGCUAGUCCCAAUUUCCUGUGUUCAUCACAUAUCCCUCUAAGUCCCUCCCCUCCGUGUACCUAUCCAAGUGCUUCUUAAAUGAUACUAUUGUACCUGUCUCAAACACUUCCUCUGGCAGCUCGUUCCAUAUACUCACCACCUUCUGUGUGAAACAGUUGCCCCUCAGGUCCGUUUCAAAUCUUUCCCCUCUAACCCUAAAUCUAUGCCCCUUAGUUUUGGACUCCCUUACCCUGGGGAAAAGACACUGCCCACCUCUUCUAUGCCUCUCAUAAUUUCAGACAUUUCUAUAAGGCUACCUCUCAUUCUCCUACAUUCCAAGGAAUAAAGAACUAGCCUGGCUAACCUCUCCCUACAAUUCAGGCACUCUAGUCCUGGCAACAUAAAUCUUUUCUGCACUCUUUCCAGUUUAACCACGUCUUUCCCAUAACAGGGUGACCAAAACUGUACACAGUACUCCAAGUGCGGCCUCAUCAACAUCAUGUCCCAACUCCUAUACUCAAUGCCCUGACUGAAGGCCAACAUGCUAAAUGUUUUUUUCACCACUGUGUGUGUCUACCUGUGAUGCCGUUUUCAACAAACUGCAUUUUGUAUUCCUAUUUCUCUCUGUUCCAUUUCACUCCCUUAGUAUCCUAUCAUUGAAAGUACAAGUCCUACACUGGUUUGACUUUCCAAAAUACAUCACCUCACACUUACCUGCAUUGAAAUCCAUUUGUCACUCCUCAGCCCACUUCCCGAACUGAUCAAGAGCCCCCUGUAAUCUACAAUAACCUUCUUUACUAUCAACAACCUAAUUUCGUGUCCUAAUGAAAUGAAAUAAAAUCAAAUCUUUGAAAAGAUUUGAGGAUGUUGCCAGGACUAGAGGGACUAAGUUAUAGGGAUAAGGAGAGGUUGGCCAGACUAGGUCUUCAUUCCUUUUAGAGUGUAGAAUGAGGGGUAACCUUAUAGAGGCUUAUAAAAUCAUGAGGGGCAUAGACAAAGUAGAUGGUAGCAGUCUUUUCCCCAGGGUAGUAGGGGAGUCCAAAACUAGCAGGCAUAGAUUUAGGUGAGAGGGGAAAGAUUUAAAAGAGUCUUUAUUAGGAGGUUAAACUUGUCACUGAAUACUCUUUAAAACUUCUAUAGAUGUACUGUUGAAAGUAUCCUGACUGGUUGCAUCACGGUCUGGUACGGCAACUUGAAUGCGCAGGAAUGCAAGCUGCAAAGAGUAGUGGACUCUGCCCAGUACACCACAGGCACAUCCCUCCCCACCAUCAGUAGUAUCCAUAGGAGGUGCUGCCUCAAGAAGGCAACAUCCAUCAAAGAUCCCCACCAUCCAGGCCAUGCCAUCUUUUUGCAGCUAGCAUUGGGCAGUAGGUAGAGGCUUGAAGUCCCACACCACCAGGUUCAAGAACUAUUACUUCCCUUCAACCAUUUGGUUCUUGAAUUAACUGGCAAAACCCUAAUCACCACAACCAUUUAGCACCACUAUGACCACUCUGAUCACUUUGCACUAAAAUUGAUUUUUUUUGUUCUAAUUGUGUUUUUUUCUUGUAAAAGUUGUAUAUAACAUGUUUAAUUUGUUUUUCUUGUGAAUGCUACUUAUAUUAUGCGAUGUGCCUGUGAUGCUGCUGCAAGUAAGCUUUUCAUUGCACCUGUGCGUACAUGUACUUGUGCAUAUGACAAUAAACUA